UGGCAGCCUCCCUCAGUAUCUCUCUCUUCCCGGACUUGGCCUAAAGCGAGAGGCAGAUAGAUAAAGCUCGGGUCGGUUUUGGAGCCACUGGCCGGCUUCUCCUUCCCCUUUCUUCUCCGCUGACACUGUUCCUCUUCCCUCCUCUCCCAUGUCCUCGGCGGCCGGCCAUGGCUGCUGCUUCCCUACCUCCCUGCUCGUUGCAUGCACGGCUGCUGCCAGCUCUAGAUAGAUAGACAGCUGUGCCCAUCUGCCGCUGAUCGACUGCACAGCACAGAGGAGUGGAGAGAGAGAAAGCAAGAAGCCAGCAGGAGAGAGGAGGGAGAGAGAGGGGAGAGUGAUAGAAUCUGCAAUUGCUUUCCAGUCAUUGACCACCCAGUUUCAGUUUUCCCCUCGUUCUGUCCCUCCUUGAUUCCCGUGUUGCUUGCUGUUCCUCGUUAUCCCCUCCUCCCUCCCUGGGCUGCCUGCCUGCCUCGGAGCCUUGCCCCAUCCUCCUCCUCCAUUCUCGACGAGUUAAAUGCCUCACAUCCCUCCCUAGUUAUAUAUAUACAAGUAUCCAAGCGCAAGAGCAAGAUCAGGCCAAGCUAGCCUCUUGGCUUCAGCUUUGCUCACUUGAUGUCCCACCGCCACCAGCAGGAUAAGCGGAAGCCGCGGGUCAGGAGCGCAGCAUGUCCAACCUCACCUCCUCCGCCUCCGCCGGGCCCGACGCGCCGCCGGUCUCCGGCAACAAGCGCAAGCGGAGCCUCCCAGGCAACCCCGACCCCGACGCGGAGGUGGUGGCGCUGUCGCCAGCGACGCUGAUGGCGACGAACCGGUUCGUGUGCGAGAUCUGCGGGAAGGGUUUCCAGCGGGACCAGAACCUGCAGCUGCACCGGCGGGGGCACAACCUGCCGUGGAAGCUCAAGCAGCGGGGCACGGGAAAGGAGGCGCCGAAGAAGAAGGUGUACGUGUGCCCGGAGGCGUCCUGCGUGCACCACGACCCCGCCCGCGCGCUCGGCGACCUCACCGGCAUCAAGAAGCACUUCUUCCGCAAGCACGGCGAGAAGAAGUGGAAGUGCGACAAGUGCUCCAAGAAGUACGCCGUGCACUCCGACUGGAAGGCGCACUCCAAGAUCUGCGGCACCAGGGAGUAUAAGUGCGACUGCGGCACCGUCUUCUCCAGGCGGGACAGCUUCAUCACGCACCGCGCCUUCUGCGACGCGCUCACCGAGGAGAGCGCCAAGGCUAUCGGCUUCAACGCCAUGGCCGCCGCCGCGCCGGCGCACCACCACCACCCGCUGCUCUUCUCGCCGCCGCCGCAGGUGAUGCAGCAGCACCAGGUCCAGGACCUCGCCGCGUUGCAGGAGAACCACCACCAGGAGCUCAUGCAGCCGCCGCAACCGCAGCAGCACUGCAACUACGCCAUGAAGACGGAGAUGCCGCCGUGGCCGGCGAUGACCUACGACCACCACGCCCAUCCGCUGCUGCAGCCGCUCUGCCACGCCGCCGCCCAGAGCUCGGCCACGUCCGCGCCGCCGCCGCAGCUGCCCGCCGCGUCGGCGCACCUGUCGGCCACUGCGCUGCUGCAGAAGGCAGCGCAGAUGGGCGCCACCAUUGCCGGCGCUGGCGCCGGAGGAGCGGGUGCGCACUACACCCAGAUGGCGGGCCCCGCGACGAGCGCCCCCGGGAGCGCCACCUUCGGGCUCGGCCUCCCGGGCCUGAACGCGCAGCAGCCGGCCCGUGGCCGCGGCGGCGAGGACGGUGGCGGUGGCGCCGGCGCCGGCCGGGGAGGCGACGGCAUGACGAGGGACUUCCUGGGCCUGCGCGCCUUCUCCCACCGCGAAAUCCUCGGCCUCGCCGGCUUCGACUCCUCGUGCAUGGGCGCCGUCGCCGCCAACGCCGACAUGGGCUGCUACGAGCCGCAGCAGCAUGCGCAGGCGCCGGCUCAGCAGCAGCAAAGCAGCAACGAGCCAUGGCACGGCAUGGGCAGCCAUAGCUAAUAGCUCGCCAGCUAGCUACCCUGUUGGCCAGCUACUUUCUUCCUCCCACCAGUCGUCAUCGGUCACCAUCCUCGCAUCUGAUCGCAGCUGCAGUGUGCAGAGCCAUAGCUAGCUAGGGCCAGUGCACCAUGAUGCAUUUUGAGUUGGGUAAGCUCAUCUUGCAACUUGAUGAUCAUGCAAGCGAAGCGAUCAACAACAUUUCGAACACUGGAUGGAGGACGACAGCACAGCAGCAGUGCAGGGAGUCUGUAAUUUUUUGGGUUUUUGGGGUGGUUGGAGAAGAGAUCGAUCAACUGUAAACUAAGCUCGAAUCAAGGGGAAACAAUAGUAUGCGACAGUAAUAAUACAUGCAUGCAUCAUCAUCUCUUUUGGUAA